AUGCUAGCAGCGACUAGCACCGAGAUAUUUCGCCAGCCCAGCAAGCAUGACACGGCGAAGAAGUGGCUGCACAGGCGGCUCUGGAAGCCAGCGUCGCGCCAACUACUGAGGACUGACAACGACGGUGGACUCAGGAGGAAGCUCUCGCUCAAGCGGCCGCAGACAGCGCCGACAAGCGGCAGAGUGACGCCGGAGGUGAUAGCCCCGGUGCCGCAGAUACCCAUCAACAUGGAGCUACCUUCGCCGCGACUUGUACUACAUGCUCCACCUCGUCCGCCACGGCCAGACUCAGGCGUGAUGCGAGAUGUCAAUGCGUGGCUGGAUGCCAGCAUGAGCUCACCGCCUCCCCCAUUGAUGGGCGGUCUACCGUACUGGCGAUCGGCGUCUGCAGUCCCUGCGACAUACUCCACGGGCAUGCAGUAUGCGAUUCCGAUCGUGCGGGAGCCUGGUACUAGCCGACCCAUGACGCCUUCCGGGCAGCAGGUGAAGCUAUACUGUCGCCGCGGCGCAAAGAAAGUGCAGGCCAAGAUGCCCUCGCUCUUGCGCACCGCUUCGCAGCGCAUCGUAGCCCGCAAGCAAAUCAAUCGUCGCUCCAACUCGAUGCCACUGUUUGCCAUCCCAUACGAGCAGACACAGCAAGGACCGCCGCCAAAGAUGCUCACCCGGUCGAGGUCCUUUCUCCUGUCUUCAGCGCGAAGGUCGUUGUCGAAGUGUCCAGCUGAAGAGCAGGGGUUGCUUGAUCACGGCUCGUUCGACCUUCCGGUCCUCGGCAGCACGCGAACGAGCAUCGCAUACAGCGGGCUCGAGAGGUCCGGGGAGCGGCACAUGCACGGGUUGCUGGGACAUGGUACCAAGAGCGGCUCUCGCACGCGGCCGUCGACAGCUGGCGGACGCCUCGGACGAGACGAGUCUCUGGGGGACCUGUCGCUGUCGGAAGCACCGACGUACUCGUCCGGACGGCCUCCGCCAUCGUACCGCUCGCGCACUGCCUCGAUAAUGACGACGUCCUCUUUCGGCUGUGUCGAUGGGAUGGGCCCAGCGCAGAGGCAGAUCAGCCAGCAGCGCGCGGGCGUAAGGAGUCGCGGAGUGAGAGGCAGGGUGAGGGAGCUGCGAAAGAGGUUUCAGAACGAGUAG